UUUGACGCCGUCACGCAGAGUUCAAUUUGCCGGUGCUUCAACGCGACGUCGAUGCAGCAGCAGUUCCAGUCGCAACCGCCGGGCGGCUUCCGCCCCUUCAACCCCGCAGCGCCGUCGUCCGGCGGUCCGCGCUCCAACGGCGCGGCGCCGUUCAACCCGGCCGCGCAGCCGCGGUCCUUUGGCCCGCCAUCGCAAAAUGCGCCUCUGUCUGGCGGACCGCCACAAGCGGCGUUCGGUCGGCAAGCGUCGGGUCCACUGUCGCAAGGCCAAUUGAGUGGUCCGCCCCAGCCGUUUGGCCGACCUGCUCCGCCAGCGUUUGCGCAAGGCCCACCCCAAGCUUUUGCUGCGCAAGGACCGCCUGCGAUGCAAGCACCACCGCAACAGCCUCCCCACGGACAGUUUGCCACGCCACAGGGAGCGAGUGGUCCGCCACAAGAGCUGCAUCAAGCGUUUGGACGUAUGGCCGUUCAGCCUGCGGGGCCGCCACGAGCACCACCGAUGGGUCACGCGCCGCCGAUGAACCAACCGCCGCCGAUGAACCAGGCACCUGGAAGCUACCCUCCGAUGGGCCAAGGGCCGCCCACGAUGAUGCACCAAAUGCAGCCGCAGCACCAGCCCACGAGCCACGGACCCUCGCCGCUACAGCCGUUGCGGAGCUACCCGCCGGCAAUGCAGGCGCCCGGUAGCUACCCUCAAGCGACACGUGGUACUGCGCUCCCGAGCGGCGACUUUAACCAAGGCAACUACGCUGCGCAGCAGCCGAUGAUGGCGCAGACGCACGCCCCCGUCCUGGCUGCGCCGUGCGACCCGCGCUAUCUUCGUAUGACCGUCAAUGCUGUCGCCCAUUCGCAAGAGCACGCAACCAAGUCGGCGCUGCCUUACGGUCUCGUGCUCCAGCCGCUGGCCGAGCCCGAGGACGGCAAGGAGCUGCCGGUGGUCAACUUUGGCGCGUCGGGCGUCGUGCGCUGCAAGUCGUGCCGCGCGUACAUCAACCCGUACAUUCAGUGGAUGGACAACGGUCGCCGGUGGCGCUGCAACCUCUGCGGCAUCGCGAACGACGUCCCGAGCUCGUACUUUUGCCAUCUGAAUGCAAACGGCGUCCGCCACGACAUUGACGAGCGUCCGGAGCUUCGCGGCAGUGUCGAGAUCAUUGCGCCGUCCGAGUACACGGUGCGCCCGCCGAUUCCGCCGGCAUUUGUGUUUGUCGUCGACGUCUCGGCGCAAGCGGUGGCGAGUGGCAUGGUGCAAGUGGCCGCCGAAACCAUCUUGGCACAGCUCGACAACCUUCCGGGCGAAGGACGCACGCGCUUUGGCUUGAUUACCUACGACAGCCACGUGCAUUUCUACAACCUCAAGGCCGGCUUGAAGGCGCCGCAGAUGAUGGUCGUCCCCGACAUCAACGAGCUCUUCAUUCCGAUCCCGGACGAGCUCCUCGUCAACCUCAGCGACUCGCGGGAUGUGAUUGAGAGCUUACUGGAGAUGCUGCCGCGUAUGCACCAAGGCACGCGCAACCCCGACACGUGCUUGGGCCCGGCGAUUCGCGCCGCCUUCCGUCUCAUGACGGCACUGGGGGGCAAGAUGCUCGUGUUCCAGAGCUCGCUGCCGACGACGGGCCAGGGCGCGCUCAAGCACCGCGACGACCCGCGCCUCCUCGGUUCGGAGAAGGAGCAGUCUCUGCUCAACCCUGUUGACACGUUUUACCGCAAGAACGCGAUCGAGUUUUGCCGGCAGCAAGUCAGCGUCGACACGUUCCUCUUUGCGCCGCAGUACACGGACGUGGCAUCGCUCGCGCCGCUCUCAAAGUACUCUGGCGGACAGCUCUUCUACUACCUCAACUUUUCCGCGCCCGUCGAUGGCCACAAGUUUGCGACGGAGCUCGGUCGCUGCUUGACGCGCGAGACGGGCUGGGAGGCGAUUCUGCGACUGCGGUGCACGAAAGGCAUGCGCUUCAGCAACUACUAUGGCAACUCGUUUUUGCGCGGCCCCGACCUCCUUGCGGUGCCCAGCGUUCACGCGGACGCGGCGUUUGGCGUGGAACUCGAGCACAGCGACACGCUCUUGACGUCCAACACGAUCUCGAUCCAAGCCGCCGUGCUCUACACGACGUCGUCCGGCGAGCGGCGCAUUCGUGUGCACACGACUGCGAUUCCCGUCGUCAAAGCGUAUGCCGACCUCUUUCACGCGGUCGACAUGGACGCCAUGUGCAACCUCGUUGCCAAGAGCGCGCUGGAAGUCGCGCUCAAGACAGGUUUACCAAACGCCCGCAACAAGCUCCAAGCUGUCGCGUCCGACGUGGCCCGGGCCUACCGCACGUACGGUGGCAGCGUUGCAGGUGGCUACCAGCUCCAGCUGCCGACGUCGCUGCAGCUCCUGCCGCUCUACAUGAUGUCGCUCAUGAAGAACCCGGCGUUCCGCGGCGGCAACGACAUUGGCUCGGACGAGCGGUCGGCGACGCAGUAUACGCUCAACAACCUCUCGGUGACGCUGUCCCGGACGUUUAUUUACCCGCGCCUCUUCUCGCUCCUCGAGAUGCCCCAAGAAGCCGGCCUGCCUAUCGCCGAAGGCGAACUCCCGCCGGGCGUGACGACGGCCGGUGCGCAACAGAUCCAGCUGCCGCCCGUGGUCAACCUCUCGGUGGACCGGCUCAACACGGAAGGCGCCUUCUUGCUGGACGACACGGUGUCGCUGCACCUCUGGCUCGGCCGCAACGUCUCGCCUCGCUUCCUCCAGAGCCUCUUUGGCACCGACACCAUCGACGGCGUGGACCCGCGCCAACUCCAGCUUGUCGAACCCACAGACGACCUUGGCACGCGCCUGCACAACAUUUUCUCAGCGAUCCGCGAAGACCGCCCGGCCUUCCUCAAGCUCCACGUGCUGCACGAAGGCGCGCAAGGCGAAGGUCGCUUCUUCUGGAAGCUUGUCGAAGAUCGCGCAAGCUUCAACGGCGGCACGUACUCGUACGCCGAGUUCCUCGGGCAGGUCAACCGCGGCAGCCAAGGCGGCAAGUAGAUUCCCCAAGCAGUUUUUUUAUUUUGACUCUCACACCGCUACCAUAGCCCAAGCCCUACUCAGAAUGAGGCUAUAGAAACGAUGUACAUAUACCUGCGACGAGUCUUGUCCCUACGUGCUGGUUGCUAGCGCUCAAUCAUCAC